AUGGAGUCGAAAACCGUCGAUAGAGAUGCCGUACUUAAUUCACUUGCCCUUAACAACUCAACAUCAGAUGGACAACCACGAAAAAGGAAAAGACUGGAUAACUUAACGGCGGAAGAAAGAGCUCUUCGAAGGUUAGCGCGUCGAUCGAAUGUUCUUGUUGAUCAAUUUCUUGAUUCGAUUCCCUCCGAUCGUCUUUUACCAGAAGCAUACUCCUUGUGGCUGUCUCUUCCAUUCCUUCGGUUUAAUGAAUUCGUUCUUAUUUUGCUUAGAAAAUUAAAGAACCGCGUGGCAGCACAAACUGCACGAGACAGAAAGAAAGCUCGGAUGACGGAACUCGAAGAAAUGGUGGCGCAAUUAGAGAAAGAGGUAUGAAAGCUUAAACUUUCUUUAAAACUACGAAGGUCACAUUUGUUGAAUCGUUUAGUUUUGUCAUGCUUUAUUUUGUUCAAAGGAAAAAAAAGGAAGGCCAUCGUUAAACGAUAUCGAUAAAAAAAUAUCGGAUAUUUAAAGACUUGUAUUUGGUUCUCUUUGAAUGCUCAGCUUCUUUGCAUUGGCGUCAGUAGUAAAGUGAUAUUGAUCAUUUUGUCGUUAUUUUUUUGUCAAUUUCCUUCCUGAAUCGUACGAGUAAGAUCACUUAGAGUGCUUCAAUAUUGAAUGUCAUCUGAAGAUAACAAAGUCGAUAAUAUAUAUUUAAUAUUUUUUCCUUUGUGUGGUCAUUAACGAGUACCCUGACUGUGUGGGUAUCGAAUGUUGGUCGAUAUUGCAGACAUGAAUGAAUUUAGUAUGGAAAUUGUUUUCAAUUAUUAUUUACAAAUAUAGGCUUACAUCCUAGACUUCACAAAGGUCUUUGGUAAAAUUUCAAGCGGGUAAUACUACUUUUAAAGUAUUAAUUUGUAUCUUAAACCUUCUUUGCAUUACUUUUUUUUCAGAAUAAAGCUCUUCGCUUAAGCAAUGAAAGCUUAAGGAAACACUCUGAGACAGUAGAAAUAGAGAAUUCAGAGUUGAGAGUUCGUCUUGGGCUCACACCCCCUGUUUCUCCUGAGCCGGUCAACCACGCGUACCCACAAAGCCCAGAACCCACACCCUGUAAACCAAGUUCAGUUGUGAUCAAGAAAGAAACAGAAUGCAAUGAGUAUGCAUCGCUCACAGUUUCUCAGCAGCAGGAACGCCUGAUUCUGUUUCUCUCUCUGAUCACGACAUGGAUGAUGAUCAACAACAGGUACGUAACUUCCGUACUGAAUUUUCUAUAUGUUAUGGAUUAUUUUUAGAAGAGCUUGUACGUGUUGUUGGUAAAUUUUUGGAUUACCUAGACUGCUAGAGGCAAAAGUCAAAGCUCUUGUGUUAAACUACCACUUAUAUUAAGCCACUCCAUAUCCACAGUUUUCCCAGUAGUUAAAACCUCGUACAUGCAACCAAAUCUUGGCAUUCAGGGUGGUAAUCCACGGGAGGUUUGGCUGUAGUAAAAUCUAAUUUUAUUUUAUUGUGCAAAAAGUCUUUAAAACACAGAAAACUGGGCCGGGUUGUUCAAAGCAGGGUUAAGAUAAACAGGGUUAGGGCGAAAUUUGAAUUCAGAUUUGAAAGCUUAAAAAGCAAAUUCAGUUUUAUUCUUUUUGCCUACAAUUUGAUGAUUGGAUGCUCUAAAAAGAAUUGAGAAAAUUAUCCGGGAAAAUGCUUUUGAACAAAAGGAAAAGAAACCCAGGUUAAAAUUUAACCCUGGGUUAGUGCUAAUCGGCCUUCGAACAACUGGGCCCUGAAGUUUAAGUUGAGUGCUGUCUAUCUUUGAAUAUUCUGCUAAAACGUAGGCAAAGCUAAAGAGACAGGUUUUACAGAGGAUAACUUGCUCAAUGUGUAGUGAUUGUUGAUACGCAGUUGGUAUCCAGGAUACAUAUCUGAUAUAGUGGAAUGUAUUGUUUCAUAAUAGUAUUCUUUAAGCUCCCACACAGUGGUUGAAUUUGCAUCAGAACUUGCAGCUGUUACAAUAUUUAAGUUCAGGCUCUUUCUCCAUAAAAUAAUUAAUUUUAUUAAUGCCUCUUACAUUGCCUAUUUUGUAAGCCAAUGUAUUUUGAAAUGUUUAUUGACUUAUGUGAAUCUGUAACAAUAUUUAGGCCCAAAUUUUGGUCCUAGACUGAUUUAUGGUGAGAUGAUUUGUCAGAUUAGCUUUUAUGUCUUUGGACAAAAUAUUGAUGUUGCCUGUUAAAUUAAAUCUCUCUGGUAGAACCUCUUUGUGGUACUAUUCCUUGGGAUUUUUACAAAAAGAAAUUUUUUGUAUUUAUUUUAUUCUCUAGCACCUAUUAAUAGAGAAAGCAUUAAUUGCAAUGUUUAUUCCAUAUUUUUACUUUUCAGUUUGACAUGGGUAUUGGCUUUUUUGAAAUUGAUGAAGCAGGAGAAUCUCUGCUUCAGCCCAAACAAGAGGGCAGGUCCUGUUCAACCAGUUGCCAAUAUGGUGACACCUCAGCCACAGAAGAGCAAGUCCACCACACAGAUGAUGAGUCAGUCCCACAAUCCAGCAGUGACUUAACAGUAGAAGACUUGGUUGGAAUAGAAUGUGAUGGCUUUGAUUCAUUGGAUGAUCUCUUAAACUUAAAAGAUUUCUCCAAAGAGUUCAAACCGCUUGAUGCUGAGCCUGAAAUGCUUGGUUGUGAAAUGUGGGAGGAGACCUUCACAGAUGUUUUGUUUCCGUCUCUUUUGGCUGUCUAA